AUGCUCCUUCUCGUCCUCCUCCUCGUUGUCGUGGUUUUCCGCGUCGUCGAGCAGCGUUGGUUCACAGCGGUGGGAGCAGGCAACUGGUCGAAGGGACGCGUGUGCAAGGGGCCGAGGGAACGAGUAGCUGAGGCAGAUGGGCGGUCGUGGCAUCGAACGAGCCGAGCGGGAGCGCACGAGGGAGCCGAGGAAGGGAGGGAUAUACUGGACGAGAGCGGGAGGGAUGGAUGUGCAGGUCGACGCAAAGAAAGACGACGUACGCCGUUUGGGCCCUCUCUGUUCCCCCUUGUCUUUCCGCCGCCGCCGCCGCCGUUCCUCAGCGUCAUCAACCUCAGCGUCGGCGUCGGCGUCAUCGUCAUCUUGAUCGCCUUCGUUGUCGUCGUCGUUGACGUUCGGACAUUUGCGAUGAUUGGCGUGCCAUCGGGCAGCGUGGGCGUAGGGGCGUUGGUGGAGCGGGACGCCACCGCUGUGGAAACCGUGGAACGCACCGAACGAGACAGUGAUUGGUGCAGGCGUGGGGUCGAAGGGAUGCGUGUGCACGACGCCGAGGGAACAAGUGAGGGGUUGAGGCGGACGAGCGGGAGCUGGAGAGUCACGAAGUUAAUUAAGUGGUCGCGUGCGCGCGACGCGAAGUUAAGUCCUUCGCACCUGUCUCUAACUCAAAUCUGUCCGCGCGCAAACCUCAACCUUCGUCCCCUCGCCCUCGCCUCGACACCAUGCACACCCACCACCCACUUCCUUCGCCUUCGUCCUCCCGACCUCUCGGCCCCAUGCACACGCGUCCACUCGGCCACAACAACUCCUUCGACUGCUCCCUCACGCGCCCCUGCCGCCGCCGCACCCGUGCUUUGCCCUUGCGCACAGCGUGUCGCAAUCGUCAUGCCACCCGUGCUUCAGCGCGUCGACGGCGAGGCCCUAGUCCUGCCCCUCCCUGCCCGGCCCUGCCUAUCCCGCGCACCUGCGCACACCCGGAAGCGGCUCCUCACGCCGCGUCUCUUCCCCUGCUCUCUCUUAGGAGGCGAGGGCACGACCACGCUCCCCGGUACCCUACCGCCCGACGCCUUUUUCUCCAAACACGCCCACUCUACGCUGCGCACCGCCGCGCACGCAUCGCACGAGCGCACCCCGUCCUCCGCCUCCGGCUACGUGCACCACCAUGCGGCCGGUGCUGCCGAGAGCACCACCUCGCCCGCGAAGCGGCGCUACGUCGCGGACGCGCACGGCCUCGAGAUCGUCAAAAAGAUCCGGCAGGGCGAGGUCGAGCUGCGCGAUCGCACCAUCGUCCUGUGCGGCAUCAAAGCCAGCAUCCGUCCAGCUCGCUUUGCGAAGCUGAAGGCCAUCAAGGACGCGAAGAAGCCAGGCAAAGCCCCCACCGCGAUCCCCGCUGUCUCAGACGCAAAUUGCUCGUGCGCAGAAAAAGCAAGUGUCGCUUUCCCCGCGCAGUCUUUGCCAUAUAGAGACGGCCCCGACGCUGACCUCGUGCACACAGAAACCUACUACCCCAUCAUCAUGAUAUCUUCCUCCCCGACCAUCCUCAUCACCAUGCACAAGGUCAAGUGCUUUCUCGAAGACGCCCUGUAUGCCCGCCCUCCCUCUUCCUUCAUACGCGUGCGCACGCAGCCGCCGAGGGCAACACGCGCCCAGAGGACCUGA